AUGGGAGUUUGCUGUCCAAGUGAGCAUCAAUUUCGAUUACCUAUUAAUGCCCCCAAGAUCGUCAAAUCUGAAGUUAUGGAAGGAGAUUUCAUCAUAUUUGAAAGUAACCCUUAAUCAGACAUAAGAAGCCACUAUGCUUUUGUCAAAGUUAUUGGGCAUGGAAAAUUCGGAACUGUAAGAGAAGCAGUCAAGCUAAAUACAGUUAAGCAAAAUUCUUUGACCCACGUAAGUUCACUGCUAUCGUCAAGGCAAAUUCCUGACGGAAAGAAAUUUGCUGUAAAAUCAAUCACAAAAAAAAAGCUGGGCAAGGAAAUUUCAAUGCUAAAGAGAGAAUUAGAAAUUCUUACCCCUCUGUGAGUGAGCAAAAUUUAUUGAUUUUCUAAAAAUGAGGUUAAUUUUCCUAAAUAGAAGUAUUUUCAUAAUUCUUUCUUGAGGGAGCUAGACAAGUCGAUCAUCCGAAUAUAAUACAAGUCCAUGAAAUUUAUGAAGACCAAAUGUACCUACAUAUUGUGAUGGAAUUAUGCACAGGCGGUGAUUUAUUCGAGUACAUUAUAAAGCAAGAUUAUAUUAGUGAAGAAGAAGCGAGGGUUAUUAUGAGGAAGUUACUUUCUGCAGUAAAUUAUUUGCAUAGUUUGAAUAUUUGCCAUCGGGAUUUAAAACCAGAAAACUUUUUGUUUUCUUCACAAGAUGAAGACGCUGACUCUCACCUUUUUACUUGGAACAAAAAAAUUCUAUUCCAAUUUAAAGGGGGGUUAAAAAAAUGUAUAUUUAAUAUUUUCCCUAUAAAAAAUUUUAUUCAAUGUUUAAAAAAAUAUCAAUUGACUAAAAUAAUUUUAAUUUAAUUUAUUUUUAUAAAGAAAUAGUUAAAAAUAUUUAUCGAAUUACUAUAAAAAAUGUUUAAAAAUAGCAUUCUACUUGCCUUUUAUUUAUUAUAUUAUGUUAAAACUAAUUUUAUAAAAUUAAUUUUUCAUUAUUAAUUUUUUUAUUUCCAUAAAAUUUUAAAAAAUAAUAAAGAACAAUACUUUGAAAUUUAAUUUAAUUUUAGAAAGAAUUAAAUAAAAAUUAAUCAAUUCAGUGUAAAAAACGUUUAAAUAGCAUUCUACUUACCUUUUGUCUCUAUUAAAUUAGAUCCAUCAAACUUUGUAUUUUCAACUUUUAGUUUUUUUUUAAAAAAAAUAAAAUUGACCACAUAUUUGAAUAUAAUUUAUUUUUAUGAAGGAUUAAAUAAAAUAAAUUACUCGAUUUAGUUUGAGAACUGUUUAAAUAUUAUUCUAGUUUCAUUUGUCUAUUAAAUUAGUCAAAAAUAAUUUUUAUAAAAAAUUAGUACUUUCAUCGAUAAAAUUUUCCUAUUUAAAAAAAAAUUCAAUGUUUUGUUCUAUUUUAAGAAGGGGGAGUGAACUCAAAAUUUUGGAUUUUGGCGUCAGCCUGUACGUGCAGCCAGGAGACCAGAUGAAAACUGUUGUAGGCACUCUCAGCUAUUUGGCUCCAGAAGUGCUAUCAGGAACCUAUGGCAGAGAAUGCGACAUUUGGUCCCUCGGCGUCAUUAUGUAUCAGCUUUUAACAGGCCGAAACCCUUUUGCAAGUGAGUCGAGAGAUUUUACUUUGAAAAAGGUCAUGAAAGGUGAGGUUAAUUUGAAUAACGAAGAAUGGCUUUACGUUUCCCCUCAAUCCAAGCAUUUAGUUUCAGGGAUGCUUCAAAAAAACCCAAUACUGAGAAUUGACGCUUCCACAGCCUUGCAGCAUGAAUGGUUUCAUAUGGAAUGUGACUCAACCCAAAGCAAUAUCGUCUCUAGAGAUGUUCUAUUAAGAAUCAAAAAACAACAAAAAGAAAGCAAGCUCUGGGUCGAAGGUAUGAAAUCGAUCCUCAGAUAUCUGUCAGCCGACAAAAUAAGGGAGCUAAAAACUACUUUUGUGACAUUAGAUACAGCUGGAACAGGAUAUAUCACCUAUUCCAAGCUAAGUGAGGUUAUGAAUAAGUGCGGAAUGGAGAUGGGAAACGAAGAAAUCGCUAAAAUUUUCCAAAAAUAUGGCACAGAGCCAGGGAAAAUUAACUAUACAAGCUUCUUAAUCGCCACGCUUGACAGAAAAUAUUUGCUGAAUGAAGAGCUUAUGUGGGACGCAUACCGAGAUUUUGACCCAGAAAAUAAAGGAAUUCUCAAUUUAGACGCCCUUAAGCAAGCUUUAACAAAAUUUGGCUGCGAAUUUUCAGAGCAAGAAUUUUCAGCUUUGCUAGCAGAAAUCAGAUUUGACCCUGCCAAGGGAUUUACUUUUGAGGAUUUCAAAAUGAUAAUGCAGAGUAAAUUUUAUGUAGAUUUUGAAGAAGACAAUUUAGCCCCAAGAGCAGAGGAUGGAACUCCUGUAAGAAGGCUAAGCCAUAGAGGAUCCUCAAUUGAGUCUUUUACGUCAAGAGUGUCUAUAAAUUAA